AUGAACCAAGCACUUGUGGUGCUACUCUCCAAAAAGCCUGGGUCAAGGAACCCCACAGAUUUUAGGCCAAUAACGCUGCUUAACUCUGCGUACAAGAUGAUAGACAAGCUGAUAGAAGCAAGACUGGCGAGGGAAGUGAGGCAACUGAAGGUCAUGCACCCGGCUCAAGCGGGAUUUAUGGAAGGAAGAGCCACUGCAGAUCAAAUAUUCCACUUAGAAACAAUUAUUUAG